UUGUUAUUUAUCGUAGCAUUUUAAACGGUAGAAUACAUAGAGAUGAAAAUCGUGGAUCGGAGCAGGAGCAAGCUGUUGGUACAUCGGUGAGAGAAAGGGAAAAAUAAUGCCAAGUGAGAUGAAAAGUUUGAGAGCAGCUGUGCUGGUUGGGAUGGAGAAAAAAGAGAGAGAGAGAAAGAAAGAUCUAAAAGAGAGUGGGGACCAAGAGGGACAACAGAUCAUGGUUUAGACAGUCGCCAGUAACAGUUCUACGAUGCUCGGCUUCAGAGACGCGAUCGAAAUAAAAUAUCGAAAAUUUUUUUAACUUUUUUUUUUACCUUGAUAUCUGAUAAAGUAAUUUAUAAAUAAUAAAUAGCCCACGUAAUUCUAAGGCUCCGUUUAGUUAUUAAGUUUGGCAUUUAAACUCACGUAUACAAAAGUUGCAAGCGAAAGGGACAAGUGGUAGAAGGAGCUAUUAAUGCAAAUUGAGGGCACGGAAAAAACUUUCUCCGUUAGAGCCACGAGCUUAAAUUAUUCCACGUCUCGGCAGACGAUCGAUUUUAUUUGUUACAACGUUUUUUUUUGUUAAGAGUAAUGAUAAAAACGAGCUGAUAAGUGACACGUUAAAUUGCCCGAACGGAAGCCAGUGAAGCAGCCACUCGCUUAUUAUUAUUGCACAUAUACACACAUAUAUACAUAUAUAUAUGUACAUAAACAGUAGAUUGCGGAGGUGGAUUGUAUGAACAUACACAUUACAUCUAUAAACUUUGGUUGUGUCGAUGGAGCUGGUCAGUCGUUUACUGUCGCUAGAUCGUAACAACUCGGAUGACGAGUAGGGACACUAAGUCUACUAUACCAAUACACACUUGCUCAGACUACACGGAAGUCGGUCAUUUCGAGUCAGAGUCGCAGUCGGAAUUGAGGGUGAAGAGAGUUGUUAGUGCGUGCAAUCAGUUGUCGCUCUUUAUUCUUUGCUCUAAUCUCUAUCUGUACCUGUAACUUCGUACCUGGGUUCUGUACCUGUGAUUGCUCUCUGCUGGUGUCUAAUUAAUAAAGAAAUUUCAAUGUAUGCUAAUGUUUAGUGAUGCUUACAUAGGAUCCUAAAAUUUACUUGACCACGUGUCGUUUGAAUUUGACUUUGUACGCAUCCGCGAAUUGUUUUACGCCUCUACUCUCUACUCUCUUGUAUCCACUAAAUAUUACGCGGUAUGCUCAAUAUUCAGUAAUACAAGUAAACGGUGUGUUCUAAUAAUAUACUCUGAUAUCUUUUGGUGCGUUCAACUUAUCCACGUGCCUAGCCCAGUUUGUUUGUUAUUUUAUUUAAAUACAUUAUACAUAAAAGUGCAAAAAAACGGCAGGUGAAUAAAACUUUUUUUUCGCGGCUCCGAAAUUUGGACUUGUAAAUAUGUCGGGUGAAGGAACUUCAGACGAAGAAGGAUCGCAGGAGGACUCUGGGAGAUACGAUAUCGAUGACAUGGAAAUAAUAAAAACUAUAGGAACUGGUACCUUUGGUCGAGUCGUUUUAUGCAGACAUCAAGGAAUACCACUGGCACUUAAAGUCCUCUCUAUGGUUGACGUAAUACGGCUUAAACAGGUGGAACAUGUGCGGAAUGAGAUAUCUGUCCUAAAGGAGGUCAAACAUCCCUUCAUCGUAAACAUGCUGUGGAGCGGCAGAGACGAAGCUCGCGUUUACAUGCUCCUGGAGUUCGUGGCAGGUGGCGAGCUCUUUUCGUACCUACGGGCAGCUGGAAGGUUUUCCGGACCCACCAGUUGCUUCUACGCUGCAGAAAUAGUCUCUGCGUUGGACUAUUUGCACUUGAAGCACAUCGUCUACCGUGACCUCAAGCCAGAAAAUCUUCUGUUGGACAGCCAGGGUCAUCUAAAAAUUACGGACUUUGGGUUUUCAAAGAAACUCACUGACAGAACAUGGACGUUGUGUGGAACCCCAGAGUAUCUAGCGCCCGAAAUAAUUCAGAGCAAAGGACACAAUAAAGCGGUAGACUGGUGGGCGCUGGGAGUGCUUAUCUACGAAAUGUUAGCGGGCUACCCGCCGUUCUUCGACGACAAUCCAUUCGGGAUUUACGAAAAAAUUCUCGGAGGCAGAAUCGAGUGGCCAAAGCACGUGGACCCGAUUGCCAAGGACCUGAUCAAGAAGCUGUUGGUUGCCGACAGGACCAAAAGACUCGGGAACAUGCGCCAGGGUGCCGAAGACGUCAAGAGGCAUCGGUGGUUCAAGCUCAUCGACUGGCAGCUCGUACCCCAGAGAGCCCUCACGCCGCCAAUAAGACCGAGAGUAAAAGCUCCUGAGGACGCCAGCUGCUUCGACGAUUACCCAGAAACUGACUGGCGCUCCCAGCCGCCCUUGCCACCCGAUCAGUUGGCUCUUUUUCAAGACUUUUGACCAACGACUUACGUUCAUAGAUUAUAAAUACUCUUUUAACCAUGAGUUAACUCUUGAUGGUGCAAGUUAUCAUUAAUAUAUUAAUAUAAUUGCUUCGACGAGUGAUUUUUAUUACGAGUUUACUUUAUUUUUUAUUUUUUUGUAAAUAGAUAUGUUGCGUGGUGUUGAGAGAUUAUAUUUAUUGUUAAGCAAUCCUGGUGCUCCAGGUGUCGUUAAGCCUUUGUAAAUAAAAUAAAUCGUGCCGUUUAAAUAAUUAAAAAAAUAUUAAUUGCGCUUUUUAUUUCAUAAUUAUUCAAAUUCUCUGUACGCUAUCGAUCCACGGAAGCUUCGAACUAAAAACGGCUGUAGGUAAUUCAGUAAGAAAUUUUUUUAUACUCACUAACUCACU